AUGAACUGCAUCUAUGCAAUGCUCUUAUUACAAAAUUCUAUCUCAGAAAUUUCCGACCGUGUAGUAUUCACUGGCUCAAACAUUAUCAUAAAUGUGGAAAAAAUCUAUACCGAGGUCUAUAGGCCUUUUAAUGGAGGAUUCCCGAAACCUGAAGAUGGCACCGGUGUUUUCAUGGCCAUAGAUGAAUCUCGUACUCCAGGAGCUCACCAUGCCAUCUAUUGUACUAGGGAUAUGCUUUUUCAGGACAUGAUGUCAAGGAUUAUGGUUGGAUCUCAACCCUUGUCAGAUGAAGAUAUCAUUUAUCUUGAUAAAGAUCAUCAAGCAGUUGAAGAGUGUCACGAAUAUCUUCAAAAUCUACCGCAAGAAAUUGGUACGGUGAAUCCACUAAGGUCCAACGCGACACGAGCAAUUGUAUGGUACCAAGGUAAAGUACAUGUACUCGAAAAAUGCCGUGGAAAUAAAUCAGAAUGGUACUUUAUCUCUGACUUUAACUUCACGGAAUUUCCUUUGAAUUUAUCCAUCAUACUGAGAUAUUUCAAUGAAAGUGUCGGGGAGAGUAAAAGUCUUGUCGAACAAAGUGAGUUGAGCACUCGCUGGAAUCAGAGGAAAAAUUUUUGCGCCGUUGGACCACCUAGAGAAUAUCCUUAUCGUACAAAAGUGAAAUUGAUCAAGAAAUCGCCGCGCCCGCAGACUGUGCCGGGUGUCUUGAUUGAUAAAUACAACUGCGCCUCAUACAUGGGCUAA